AUGUCUUUAAGUACUAGUGCAUCAACAUCACCACCAAGGAAGAUGCAUAGGUUGAAUGAAGUGUAUGAAAGAUGUAACUAUUGUACGGUUGAACCGGAAAAUUUUGAAGAAGCAUCAAAAGAAGCGGUAUGGAUAAAAUCCAUGGAAGAAGAAGUUGUUGUCAUUAAUGAUAAUGACACAUGGGAGAAAGUAGCAAGGCCAAGUGACAAAGAAGUUAUUGGUGUGAAGUGGAUCUACAAGGUGAAGUACAAUGCGGAUGAAACGGUUCAAAGAUACAAAGAAAGGUUGGUGGCAAAGGGUUAUUUACAACAACCCGGUAUCGACUACAAAGAAACGUUUGCACCAGUUGCUCGUCUUGACACCAUUAGAUCCGUGAUUUCUAUGGAUUCCCAAAAAGGUUGGUUACUUUAUCAACUUGAUGACAAAUCGGUAUUUUUGAAUGGAGAACUCCAUGAAGAUGUCUAUGUAGAACAACCAUAA